AUGAGUUUUAAAAGCUUUAUAUUAGCAAUGGAUUGCAAUUGCAUAAUAAUCCUAUUUGCGUAAUUAUUACUAUAACUGAAAAAAAUCUUGGUCAUCUAGGGAUGCGAUAUACACUAAUAACUAUCAUCACUAGAGAUAACAACGUUUCAGAAAGGGUGCCCUUUUUCUACAGUCAAUUUAACAAUACAUUAAAAAAUAAGUAUAUCCAAAACAUCAAGAAAAUGUGCGAGGUUCAAGAGCUGGCCGAUGGCCUGUACCAGAUGUUUAACAAAUACAAAGAGUUGCGUAAAAUCGAAAUGUUACAGAUCCUGAAACGUGUGCGCUGCUGUGAUUGCGGCCACCAAAAGCGACUUAGAAAGGUUCAAAAGAUCGAGUCUGGAUGUCCAAAAUCCAAAAACCAAGGUCGGAUAAGCUUUCUCCUCAUCGCCUGUUUCGGAUUGCUUAUCCUGAUCUCCAUUUAUAUGAUCUACGUGGCUCGGCGAUACAAUCAUGUUCGAGCCUAUGGCAGCAACGCCUGCGGAUCGACUUUUUUCUAUACCUACACUGACUGCGAUGUGUUCUACUAA